CAUGACCCGUGAUACUGGGGCAGAUGUGGCGAAGCUUUGUGUUGCUAGUUUUGAGGUGGUUCUCUCUGUUGUCAGAACUGUUAGGACAGCUCAGAGCCGAGACCUACAUAGCCAUGUCUCCGGGAGUCAGUGAAGCUGCAGAAAACACCAGUCUACCUGAAGACGUCACUGUUCAGGACAAUCAGAAGAAUGAGAGCCAACAAGACAGACGAGGAUCGGUGGUGGACCCUAACUGUCGAGCCGACCGUCCCCAAGCCAUCACAUUUGCUGACGUCACGUCUGCUGCGUUCAAAAUGAAGAAUGGCGUUGUCAACACACCUUGUCUGAGAUCACACAUGUCUGAUAUUACUGGAAUGGAAAUUUUUCUUAAAAAGGAUUUCAUGCAAACAACUGGUAGUUUCAAGGAGCGAGGGGCCUGCUAUGCUCUGAUGAUGCUCUCUGACACGCAGAAGCAGCGAGGAGUUAUAUCUGCGUCUCUGGGUAACCACGCGCAGGCUCUGUGUUACCACGGUCAGAGACUGGGUGUGCCUGUCACUGUGGUCAUGCCUGUCGUAGCUCCCAUCAUGAAAAUCCAAGCUUGCAAGAAGUAUGGGGCUACAGUGAUAGUAGCUGGAAAUGACAUGAAGGAGGCCAAACACCUUGCUAUGGUCAAGGGAAGGGAAUUGGGACUCACUUACAUCAAUGGAUAUGAUCAUCCACAUAUCAUCGCAGGCCAGGGUACACUUGGGCUGGAGAUUGUAGAGCAAGUGUCGGACAUUGAUGCUGUAGUAGUACCUGUGGGAGGGGGAGGGCUGAUAGCUGGUGUGGCAUUGGCUGUCAAAAGUCUUCAUCCUAAUGUUAAAAUUAUUGGUGUAGAGUCUGACAGGUGUCCAAGCUUUUCAAGAGCUAUGCAAUGUGGCCAGCCUACCCCAGUCAAGAUCCACUCUACUCUAGCUGAUGGUCUGGCGGUACCUCUGGUUGGAUACAAUGCCUACCACACAGCAAGGCCUCUUAUCGACAAAAUGGUGGUGGUCAAAGAGGACUGGAUCGCCAUAGCCAUUCUGCGACUGGUAGAGAUGGAGAAGUGUGUGGUAGAAGGAGCGGGGGCUGUGGGACUGGCGGCCAUCUUGGCGGGGCAUCUCUCAGAGUUUCACGGGAAGAGAGUGGUGCUGAUCCUAUGUGGAGGCAACAUAGACACCACUAUUCUGGGCCGGUGUCUGGACCGUGGUCUGACAGCAGACGGCCGUCUACUCAAGUUCUCCGUGGUGGCCAGUGAUCGGCCAGGAGGCAUUGCAGAGUUGUGUCGACUGCUAGCUGACACUGGAGUGUCCAUUAAAGAUAUCCUGCACGAGCGAGCCUGGAUUACUUACGAUGUGUUCAGUGUCAAGGUAAAAAUUGUAUGUGAAUCUCGUGAUCUUGAGCAUACAAAACAUUUAAUGAAGGUGCUUAAGGAGCGGUAUAGAUCAGUCAAUUUUGGUGACUUUUUAGAAAGUUUAGACACACCAAGAAACGGAUCACCAGAGCUGGAUGGCCAGACAUCACCUCCCAACAGCAUAGAGCCUCAGGAAAUAAAUGUGUAAAUUGAGAGGGUGGCAAUGAGUUAACAAGUUUAGUUUUAAUGUGUGUCUGUUGAUGUGAUUUUAUUAAAAAGUAAUGUUUUAUUUUA